UCAAGUCCUGUAGAAUUGAAAUUUUUAACAAAUAUGUACAUGUAAUCUAACUUUAUCACUUGUACUUCUCGCUCUAAUUUCAGGUACAUGUAGUUGAUCACAAUAGACUUUUCAAUAGAUUUGGACGCAGCUGAUUAUGACUGACCAGGCAAGUGGAAACCUGAGUGAAGAUGGCCAAGAAAACCUGAUGAAAAAUCAUGCAUGGGGGUCAGACAGUACCGGGUACGAGUCGGCACAAACUACAGAUGACGCUGGAGAUGGUCAGCGGCACCGUUUAUUCAGCCGUACGAUGUCACAGGCAGAAUUUCUAUGCAGUGUGUGCUAUGAACUUAUGGUUGAUCCAACAACGUUGAACUGUGGACAUAGUUUUUGUCGUUCUUGUCUAGCUAGUUGGGUCCUGUCUUCAAAUACGUUCAACUGUCCGUCGUGUCGUCAGCCUUUCAAAGGGCAUCCGAAAGUCAACAUUUUAAUCAGGUCCACCAUAGAGAAAUUAUUUGGUGAUGCAAUAUCAGGCAGAGAGGCAAUUAUGCGCAAUGACAUACAGACACAGAAUCACAUCCAUGAAUUCGACAGAAAGAUUCAGAAGUCGAUGAACAAUAGUGAAGGAUUUUUGUACAGGAGAGCAAUCGGUCUGGGAUUCUGGAAAGGUGUUGGCUUUGCCAUCAUCAUCAUGUUGACAGGUUGGCUAGUGUGGUGCUGGAGGAGUACAGAUACAGAUAUGCUGGUACAUAAACCCAUCUACAAGUGGACGAGUUAUGAUGUGGAGCAGUGGUUAUUAGAGUUGGGGUCCUGGACAGAAGAGGAACUCAUUCCAAAGUUUAGAAACGAAAAGAUAGAUGGUCAUCUCUUACUAGCCAUAAAUGAAGAGGACCUGGCGACCCGAUUCAAUGUCACAAAUGCCCUUCAUCGCAGAGGCUUCAUGAUAACAUUAGAUACAAUGAAAGACCUUGGUGCAAAGGCUCCCAGCAAUUUGUGGGAAUAUAAGGCCCUCCACCAAGGCUGGUCACUGUUUCUUCUAUAUGCCCUCAAAGACUACCCCCGACUGGGGUUCCUUAUCAUCUACUUAUUUGACUAUCAAGAUACGUUUUUACCAUUCAUUCACUGCACGUCCCCAGUAGGUAAUAUGGAAAAUGUCAGUUUAUACCUGACGCAGUUCCCUGAUCCCACCAGCGAGCAGUGGAUAGACUUCCUCAGUAAGCUCCUUGUGCUGCCAUAUUGGUUGAUUGCAAAGUUUGCCUGCGAGUGGCUGGACAAGAAUUUCUGGGUAUCAAGAAUCGUGCUGAUCAACUGUGUUCUCCUAACCAUACUUGAGGCAAACAAAUUUAUUUCUUGGAAAGGAAACUGGAGGUACACGUCCAUACCAGACGUCAUCAAAGGAUAUUUCCGUGGGCUCCUCGGUUACAGUAUAUGGGUCAUUGUUUGGCCGCUAGUACCGUCUUUUGUCUGUGAUUUAUUCUUUUACGUGACAAUAUAUCUCAGCAUUUUCAGCCAUUCUGAAAAAGUGUGGCAAGCACUGAAAAGACACACCUCAAGAGGAGGGGCAGUAAUUUUAUAAGUUUUGCAAGAAUUCAUGUUUAUAGUCCAUGUUUCUUGGGCAAUAAUUUUGGUCACAACUGCAACAACUCUAAAAAACCUCUAGCAUGACUUGGAUGUUACAUAAAAUAAGUACCGGUAACCAAGAAAAGGAUAUUCUGCAACUGCUUAUUGUUUCUGUUGAUGAAAGUGAGAGCAUCACUUAUUUGUAUGUUCAGUUAACGUUCUUUUGAUUUCUAAUGAAAAUUUGGUGUGUCGAAAUGUUGCAAUAAUGUAAAUGGUGGUACCCUACUAUAGAUUUGUAAGCGACUUUAAACCGAUCCCAUCCCGAAACCAUGUUACAUACCAAAACGACAGGUUAGUUGAAUCAGUUUCAUUUGUUGUAAGUUAUUUUGAUUGGUUCCAAAACCUGGUAAAAAAGUGGUACAUAACUAUAGCAUAUCUCUGAUUGGAUGAAAAUGAUUAAGAAAAAUUACCCCCCCCCCCAAGAAAUUGAUAUCACUAUAUGAGAAAUAAUAAAAAAUGGAAAUCAGUGCCCUUGACCUCUCACUUUGAAUGUGGAUGUGAUUUUUCCUAUGUGUGUACCUUAUACUUCAGAGGUCUAUCUUAUCUACAUGUAGUGAAACACAAAGGCCUUAAUUUUGCUUCUGCUGAAAAAAGCCUUGUGGUUUGGCUGGUACGUCCAGCUUAUUACAUUUUCCAUUAAUUUUUCAUGAAAAAUCAUGAAUUUUCAUUAACUUUCUGAUUGGUCUUCCCAGCGAAUUAUUGAUGUAAUUAUAUUUAAUUGCUUACACUGAUAUUGAUGUAGUGGCUCACUGCAGCUGGUAUCAUCACAUAUCUGUCAACUUUUACUGUUCGAUGAUAGUAUUAAUUUUGUUCAAAAAUACAUAAAAAUAAACUACUUAUAUUUUCUCUGGAAAGUGCAUUGCAGUUUAGAACUUAUAAUUAUAUGUUAUACCUUUGAUUACUGAAAACACCAAGAAAACUAUUUUGGGGUGACAUUUGUUAGAUUUUACCAUUUGGUCUUUUGAGGGACCUGGGUCAAAUUUGAAACUUUUCUGACUCACCCUAUCUAGCAGAAACUACAUGUACACAGUACAUGUAACGAUGCAGUACGUGUUCUUAGAUUUUAUAAAAGAAAAAAUAACAUCUUGAUGCAAUACAACGGAUGUAUUUUAAUCAUAAGAGUAAUUUUUCUCUUGUAAUUGUAAAUGUAUUUUUAUCGGAGUAUUGUUCUUCUAUGUAAUUGGAACGUCUACUUAAAAAUGUAUCUUUUUUAUCAAGGUGUACAUCAUUCCAUUGUUGAGAUUGGCUAGCUCUUGUUACUACAUGUAAUUGAAGACAUCUUAGAAAUUUAUUUUUGAGUCUCAAAUAUUGAUCAUCAUUGAUAACUUCUGUUGUAAUUCUUUUCUUCAACAUUGCAGUAAUAAACCGCAGUAGAAAUACAAAAGGAAAUUCUACUUAUCUUCUGAUCUGAUAUGUUGUGCAAAUGAUUGUACUGUAUCACCUGUUAAGAAAUUAUUCUCAUUCUGUAAUUCUCCAUUGAAAAGAUGGUGUUGAUUGAAGCCUAAUUGUAAACUUUUUUAAUAAACAUUGGUUUGUU